AUGAAUCAUUCGAACCCUUCCUUCUCCCCUGGAAGCUCACACCUUGGUCCUAUUCGUUCCUCUUCGUCCCAGUUGCUAGCGUUCCGGCUGGUUCUACGGUGCGAGGCGUCGCGACGCUUAGCGUCGUGCGCCGCCCGGUUACGUCGCGUCGCCUGGACUCACGGCGUGGCGUCGUAGCCAGGCAACGCGCAUAAUAUGACCACCGUAAUAGUUUCAAACGAAACGGUUACGGGAACGGAUCGACACUUUUACCCUUGCAUAAGAUCGCGAAAGCACCCCACCCUCUCGUGGUUAAUCGACACCGAUUAAACGUGGAUCGUGAAAAGAGAAUUGAUCAUUUCAGACGUUUGUGCAAACUUUACUCCUCAAAGUUCGAAAAAAAAAAAUAAAAAAAAUCAAGAGGAAGGUCCAUUAGUCUAAGACUGAUUUGUAAUUAAAGAUAUUCUCAGAGGGAUGAAAACAUUCCGAGUUAUUUGAUAAGGUACCAGAUGUCUGAUUAUCGAUGGACAGAACUAUAUUUAGGUUUGUCAAUGUGAACCAAGCUUUAAAAAGUAAACAAGAAAAUUAUGCGGAAGUCUCUACGACAGAUUCAAUGGGAGGUCGACGUUAAUAAUUAUAUAUUCCAAGAUACUUUGAUUGCAGCUGAUAAAUAAAUCCAGGAAACGCUUGUAAAUCGUUGAAAGGUAUGCGACGAAAACGAGCAUCUCGAUCGAAGAAGCCCAGGAGGAUUGAAGGACGAAUAAUUCGAUGCAAAUUCGUUGGUGAAGGAUCGAGGACAACGUAGUAGCCACAUUGAACAUAGGAGAGCUACGUUUAAAAAUGUCUCACGAAUCGAGUCCACGGACCAAAAGGACGACUUUUCGAAGGACGAUGACGAUAAUAGCCGCAGCUGAAGCAACCUCUAACAAACGUAACGCUACGAAUGUUCACGAGGACGUUGCUAUCCUGCCAGGAUACAAUGUCACCACGACAGCAAGUGGAGCAUCCAGUAAGACGAGUCACUUUGAAACCGAUUUACAUGGGAAUGUUAACAUUCUCCUCGGUGGAGCGAUGCUCAGUGGGGUGAUUAUGGUCGUUUUCCUAAUGUGUUACUGCUGUCACAAGAGUAUACGGAAGAGUCGACCGCAAGAGUAUCCGCAGUACUGGCGAACGGAACCGGAUGUGCACAGUCUGGAAGUGUUCACCACGGAGGCGCACACAGCGUGCUGCGAGAGACAAUCAACCGCGGAAGGGAACCACGAUGAGAGUACCUAUGGUGCCCUUUCGUGUCCUGUGGCACCCAGGUCUGGUCCAGGUCCGCCACCCACCUACGACAGUCUGAUCUUCGAUCCAAAGAGUCUGCCAGUGAGUAUCGAGAAGAAGAUGGACGGCCCUGAAACACCGGGUACCAUCAUUCCUUCUAUGGUGUCCAGUCUGCUCGGACUGGCGAGUAGCCCGGUGGAAUGCAACGAAAGCAGCGAGCAAGAAACCGCUGCUACCGACGAGGGUUUGCCUUCUUACGAGGCAGCCUUAAAGCUCGACUCUAAUGGUUACGUGUAAUUCAGCUGGGCUAGUUUUUAAUCGAUCGACGUGGAAGGAUUUUACGAUUCCACGAAUCGAUUACACGGAUCGUUCCCUCGUGGGAUGGUCGCGGUGCCCAUUACUCGAGCAUGGAAGCGGAAACUGGUGCUAACGUUACUUCCGACUUUUCUCGGUUUCUUGGCUUCUUCGUGUAACGGUGAACGAUUUCUGUGCCGGUGUUUUCAGACAAACGUGAAGUUUCGAGAAGGAUGCUCAAAGAUCGAGGGAGAAUAAUGGUGAUUCACCAAGAGGCGGAGAUAAAGUUCUGAAAAUUUCAAUUUCAAUGUUUCUUUUGAAAUUACUCUGAAAACUUUCUCGGUAGUUUUAAGACGAGCGGGUUAUUUAACGCGUUGAUUACCAAGGGGAUCGUAGAUGUCGGAGCAUUAAUUGGGUCGGAUAAUUAACCCAAUCUACUGAAACAACAAGCUAGACUGGUAAUACAUUGCUUAAGCAAGUGCAAUAUCUUUGUCUAUGGCAAUCAACGUGUUAAUAAUUAGCUUCUAACGCGCUGAACACUUCUUUCCAAUCUUUUGCUUCAAUCUUUAAAUGUUUAUAAGAGAUCGUGGUAGAUUGAUAAGUUGCAAAAUCGAAAUUAAACCGUAGUUGGUAAUCUAUAAAUGUAUUCUAAGUAGGAUUAUACCAUAAGUGUCUUCAAAUUAUACGAAAGUUUCGGAAGAAA